AGGGUGAAGGUCAAAUUAGAGAACUUCUGGAUUUUGCCUGAUUCAUGUACCUACCGUUCGUUUUACGUCUUUUCUCCCUCAUGAAGCAAUAAUGCGGUGUUUAAGUGUACAUUUGUUUAAAUAGACCGUCUUCAGUAUGUACAGUUACUCAUAAGAUAACCGAAAGACUGUGGACUGAUAAUGGCAUCAGGAGAUAGUGAAAUACAGGAUGUGACCUCAAACAGCGGUGACAAACAGCAGGAAUGUGAAAAAGCAGAAAGUCCAAAACCAGGAUGCAGCAAAUAUGAUGAUACCCCUGUAGAGACACCAGAAGUCACAGCUAGGCCAGAGUCUCCAGAACCCAACUGCUCAAUUUGUUUGUGUGCAAUGACAAAUAAGUCUUUUACAGACACAUGUUUUCAUACAUUUUGUUUCAUCUGUCUUUUGGAAUGGUCAAAAGUGAAUCCGGUGUGUCCAUUGUGUAAGAAAAAAUUUGAUAGCAUCAUUCAUACAGUGAAAUCUAUAGACCAGUAUGAGCAGUAUUACAUACCACCACGUCCCCAAACACCAUCUCCACCACCCCCUGAUCUGAGCAGGUUGUGGGAUUCAGCUGGGUUGAGGUUUAGGUAUGCAAGUACACUUGUAGAUGAUCCCUGGGGAGAGUAUGAUGAUCACAGAUACUGGCGUAGCAGGAGGCACGAUGCUGUUAUUGGCUUAGAUCCUAGAGAACUCUUGGCUCAGAGGAGAGCUCAUACUUUUCAUGCAAGUCAGUACAGGAGCCGAAGAUCCAGAGUUUCUUCAGCAACCUUGUAUAGGAGAAUGCGAGAACGUCACACCAGAGAUUUUCGCCGGAGAAUAUACAUGGAAGGCCUAUGGGCAGUGCAUCAAGACAAUACAAGAAGAUAUAGGGACAUUUCUCCUGAAUUUUUUACAAGAAACCCUGCUCAAAUUCACAGACUUGUUCCUUGGUUGAACAGGGAGCUGAAUGCUAUCUUAUACAACCAAGAAGAAACUGUCAGCUUUGCCCUACAACUAGUGAUGGAAUUAACAAAAAGAUAUGAGUUACAAAGUGAUGAGAUGCAUCAACAUUUGGAGUCCAUUCUUGGCCUACAUACCCGCCACUUUCUUCAUGAAUAUUACUGCUUUGCUAGAUCACCUUUUGACAUGACUGAUUAUGACACACAUGCUGAGUAUGAGCAAGUACUGAGUGUAUCUGGUAGUGAUCAGGAUUCUGAUGAAGAUCAACGCAUGGGAAACACAGGAGUUGUUCAGCACCAGAGGAAUGGAAGAGAUGCAUCUGGCUCGGAAUCUUCUAGAGAUAAUUUGCGUGGUGCCAGGCGAAGAAAAAAUUCCAGGGUCAGGAGGAAUGCGGAUGCUGGACAGGGUAGCAGUAAUACUAGGUCUUCUAGAACCCACGGUAUUAACAAUGCUUCUGCCUUGUCCAGUAUUGCAUAUAACCUUCCUUCCAACAGAACACUAGGUGGUCAAGGUAGCUGGCAGUCAGAUUUUAGAAAUCCUGAACCAAUAGCAGAAAGGAGAAAUUCUUCUCCAGUAGACUUCACACCAGCCCCAAUAGUCAGCAGAGUGCGUGAUUUUUUGGAAGAAGUAUCGGACCCCAAUAAUGCCAGCACAUCGCGUUCAGGUUGGGAAUCUCCAGUGCUUAGCAGGACCACCAUCUUUUCAUCUCCACCAAGAGCUGAGAGCCCAGUUAUUGACAUUGUGUCCGUGACUUCAACUCCAGAAAAUAAUCCUGAAGUACAAAAUAAUUCAUCGUCUCCUGAAUGUAUUGAUCAGAAAUCCCCUGAAUAUAUCAACCCAGGAUCUCCUGAAACUAUAGAUCCUGGGUCUGCUGAAGACAUUAAACCAGGAACUUCAGGGGUGUUAAACUUGAGUAAAGACGUGGAACAUGUUUUGGCCUCUUCCAACACACAAGAUUCUGACAGUGACUCUGAUGUGCAGUUUAUUAAGUUUGAAAAACCUUGGGGUGAGCGCACACCUAUCCAUUUGUCAUCUGGUCCAGACAGUGAUAUAGAACUUUUGACAAAAUCUUCACCUUUUCGUAAAAGAAAAAGGGAAAAAAAUAGAUCUCAAACUCGAUCUAAGACUAGGUCUCGAUCAAGAACAAGGAGAAGAGACAGGAGAAGCCAGACACCUCUACAAUACAGACAAGGGAGAUAUAGAAGUAGUGACCGAUCUGAGAGAUAUUUAAAUAAAUACUCUUCAAAGUCUAGAGAGCAUACACAGCAUAAACAUAGUCAUGACAGGUACAGAUCAGUGUCUAGAACAAGAGAUCGUUACCAUUCAAAAUUCAGGAAAUCUAAGUCAAAUUCCAAUAAACCAGGAGAAAUGGAAAAAGAAAAAACUGAAAAAAAUACAAGGGACAGUCAAAAAUAUGAAAAACUUGGAAAAAGCACUAAGAGAUCUGUAACAGGAGAAAGUGAGAGACAUGAGGAUUACUUUAGGUUAUCUAGGUAUAUGAGCCAUAAUUCAUCAAGAAGACACUAUGAAAAAAGGUUAAAGUCACCAAGUUAUACAUCCAAACACAAACAUAAGAAAAAGAAAGACAAAAGGCACAGAAGUCGCAGUGUUGAGUUAGUCAAAGUGAAAAGAAAACACAAACAUAGAAGUAGAUCAAGAAAAAGUAAAAAAUCCAAGAAAGAUAUUCACCGUGGUUACUCAUAUGAUGAAAAAUCGCCAAUUCAUAUUGUGGAAGAGGUUCUACCUCUCUCCAAACACAAAGAAGUAACCAAGAAGUACAAGAAAAAUCCAACUGGUCACAAAAGCAGCACUAGAAACUGAGUAGUAAAGUUGUUCCAGUCAAUGCAACCAGUAACAUUGACACUGUGGCCAUCACAUCACCAUCCUUAAUCAGCACUAGCUCAUUUGGUUCUCCUUUGGUAAGUGUGAGCACCAGCAGUGCUGGCUUCAGUUCUCCCUUGCCAAGUAACCAGAGUGGCAGUGAAUGUAUUCAAUCACCAGUGGCACCAGUUGCUAAUUGGGCAGGCGUCAGUGGUUCAGAGUGCACUCAAUCACCAAUGGUGCAAAAUAGGAAUAGCAAUGGGCUUCUAUCUCAUGCAAACAACUAUGAAGAUGAUAAUAAGAAUAAAGGUCUCCAUUCACCAAUGAUGUGGCACAUGGACAGCACAAGCUUUAAUUCUCCAUCAGACAGCAACCAGCAUGUUUCAGAAUGUAGUCUUUCACCAGUGAAACAAAAUGAUCAUGUAAGAUUUACUGCUCCUUCAGUCAAAAAUCAUAGUGACAGUGAUAGUUUUUAUUCAUCAGUGACAAAGAAAACAAAUAGUGUGGCAUUAAGUUCUCCCUCGGUGAACAACCAUAAUGAUGAGCAUAUCCUGUCACCUGUGACACAAGAUUAUUCAUCUGGUUUUGAUGAUAUUACUGUUGACAAUCUUAGUGAUAUCACUGUCACUGAAGCUGGAAGUUCAUCAGAGAUUCAAAAUGGAAAUAGCUCAAGCUUCAGACUGUCUUCAGUUGAAAACCAUUGUGGUGGUGAAGGUGUCCAUUCAUCAGUGCUGCAGAAUACAAAUGCACGUUUCAGCUCUCCUUACUUUAGCCACCACAGUGUUGUUAAUGCCUGUCACAAGGUACCAGAGGAACAGACCACAAACAAAACUGGCAUCAGCUUCUUGCCAUGUACAUCAAACUGUAGAAGUGAUGAUGAUUUCCUGUCAGUGUUGUUGGAGAAUUCAGAAGUGACUAAUUCUGGUCUAGACUCUGGUGGUACUGCCAGUUAUGAAAGUGACUUUACAGGUGUAAAUUUUAGUGAGUCUGUAGACAGUUUAACAAAUGGUCAAAGCCAGUCAAAUUCAGAACUCAAGAGCUUAAAAGGCCAGUCUGAUGACACAGAUGAGUUUGACAUUAACCAGUUGUUACAAAUAGGUUCAACAGACAAUGCAGGUGCAACAAGAGACGUGAGUGAAAUUCCAAACCUGGAUGAAAUGGAAAAGCAGCUCAGAGAAAGCAUCCAGUCUCGUGUAUUCAAAUAACUUUAGCAGCUUUUUAUUGUCAGAUUUUAUUACAAAGCUAUGCAUAUGUACUGUGCCAUAUGACAAUUGGGAAAACUUGCUUGAAGAGUGUAAUAUGUAUACAGUCGGUAUGUACCAGUAAUUUGACUAUUUCCUUUUUCCCCUUUUUUGCAAGAGUAGGAUAAUUAUAGUAAUAAACAUAAGUCAACUGCUCUUGGAUUAAA